GCCAUUGAUUAUUAUUAUUCCUAAGGAAAAUGAAGAUAAUUACGUAUUUUUGCAUUUGGGCAGUAGCAUGGGCCAUUCCAGUUCCUCAGAGCAAACCACUGGAGAGACACGUUGUUGAAAAAUCUGGGAAUUUACCUCUCCGAGCAAGAUCAAAAGUGUCAGUACAGGAUGAGUUAAAUGCCAAUGGAACCACUAAAGAAACUGGUGUCCCCAUGCAUGAAAGUGAAAGAGGAAGGCAAGAGCAUACCCAAGAUGGUCACAAGGGAGAAGAGAAUGGCUCUGAGUGGGCAGAUGUAGGAGGGAAGAGUUUUUCUACAUAUUCCACAUUAGCAAAUGAAGAGGGGAAUAUUGAGGGUUGGAAUGGGGACAUAGGAAAAGCAGAAACAUAUGGUCAUGAUGGAAUACACGGGAAAGAAGAAAACACCACAGCAAAUGGCAUCCAGGGACAAGUAAGCAUCAUUGACAAUGCCGGAGCCACAAACAGAAGCAACACUAGUGGAAAUACUGAUAAGAAUACCCAAAAUGGGGAUGUUGGUGAUGCAGGUCACAAUGAGGAUGCUGCUGUUGUCCAGGGAGAUGGACCUCAAGUAGCUGGAAGCAAUAACAGUACAGCCAAUGAGGAUGAAAUAAUUGAGAACUCCUGUAGAAAUGAGGGUAAUGCAAGUGAAAUAACACCUCAGAUCAACAGCGAGAGAAAUGGGACUCAGGAGGCUGAGGUGACACCAGGCACUGGAGAAGACAAUGGCCUGGAUAAUUCUGAUGGGAGUCCUAGUGGGAAUGGAGCAGAUGAGGAUGAAGAUGAGGGCUCUGGUGAUGAUGAAGAUGAAGAAGCAGGGAAUGGAAAAGACAGCAGUGAUAACAGCAAGGGCCAGGAGGGCCAGGACCAUGGGAAAGAUGAUAAUAAUAUUAGCAUAGGUCAAAAUUCAGAUAGUAGUGAAGAUUAUGACCCUGAAGGCAAAGAAGACCCCCAUAAUGAUGGUGAGGGAGACAACACCUCCAAGAGUGAGGAGAAUUCUGCUGGUAUUCCGGAAGACAAUGGCAGCCAAAGAAUAGAGGACACCCAGCAGCUCAACCACAGAGAAAGCAAAGGUGUAGAAAAUGGAAUCACCAAAGAAUCAGAGCCACAUGCUGUUGGGAAGACCCAAGAUAAGGGAAUAGAAAUCAAAGGUCCCAGCAGUGGCAACAGAAAUAUUACCAAAGAAGCUGUGAAGGCCAAUGAAGAUAAAGAGAAUAAAGGACAACACGGAGUGAUGUUGGGCAAAGGAAAUGUGAAGACACAAGGGGAGGCUGACAACACAGAAGCACCUGGCCAAAAAUCAGGACCAGGAAAUAAAGUUGAACACAGCAACACAGGUAGUGACAGCAAGAGUGAUGGUUAUGACAGUAAUGAUUUUGAUGAUGAGUCCAUGCAAGGAGAUGAUCCUGACAGCAGUGAUGAAUCUAAUGGCAAUGAUGGUGCUAAUUCAGAAAGCGACAAUGACAGCAAUAGCAGAGGAGAUGCUUCUUAUAACUCUGAUGAAUCAAAAGAUAAUGGCAAUGGCAGUGACUCAAAAGGAGAAGAAGAUGAUGACAGUGAUAGCACUUCAGAUGCUAAUGACAGUGACAGUAAUGGCAAUGGGAACAAUGGAAACAAUGACAAUGGCAAAUCAGACAAUGGCAAAGGCAAAUCAAAUAGCAGUGAUAGUAAUGACAGCAGUGACAGUAGCGACAGCAGUGACAGUGACAGCAGUGACAGUGAUAGUAGUGACAGCAGCAAUAGCAGUGAUAGUAGUGAUAGCAGUGACAGCAGUGACAGUGAUAGUAGUGAGAGCAGCAGUAGCAGUGACAGUAGUGAUAGUAGUGACAGCAGUGACAGUGACAGCAGUGAUAGUGACAGUGAUAGUAGUAAUAGCAGUGACAGUAGUGACAGCAGUGAUAGCAGUGACAGUGAUAGUAGUGAUAACAGUGACAGUAGUGACAGCAGUGAUAGCAGCGACAGUAAUGAUAGUAGUGACAGCAGUGACAGUGACAGUAGUGACAACAGUGACAGCAAGUCAGACAACAGCAAAUCAGAUAGCAGUGACAGCAGUGAUAGUGACAGUGAGUCAGACAGCAGUGACAGCAGCAGUAGCAGUGACAGCAGCAACAGCAGUGAAAGUGACAGCAGUGACAGCAGUGAUAGUAGUGACAGCAGCAAUAGCAGUGACAGUAGUGAUAGCAGUGAGAGCAGUGAUAGCAGCGACAGCAGCAACAGCAGUGACAGCAGCGAUAGCAGUGACAGCAGUGAUAGCAGUGACAGCAGUGACAGCAGUGACAGUAGCGACAGCAGCGACAGCAGUGACAGCAGCAGUGACAGCAGCGAUAGCAGCGACAGCAGUGAUAGCAGUGACAGCAGUGACAGCAGCGACAGCAGUGACAGUAGCGACAGCAGCGACAGCAGUGACAGCAGCAGCAGUGACAGCAGUGACAGCAGCAGCAGUGACAGCAGCGAUAGCAGUGACAGCAGCGACAGCAGCGACAGUAGUGACAGCAGUGACAGCAGUGACAGCAGUGACAGUGAUAGUGACAGUAGUGAUAGCAGUGACAGCAGUGAUAAUAAUGACAGCAACAAUAGCAGCAACAGCAGUGACAGCAAUGACAGCAGCAACAGCAGUGACAGCAGCAAUAGCAGUGACAGUAGUGAUAGCAGCGACAGCAGUGACAGCAGUGAUAGCAGUGACAGUAGUGACAGCAGUGACAGCAGUGACAGUAGCGAUAGCAGUGACAGUAGCGACAGCAGUGACAGUAGCGAUAGCAGUGACAGUAGUGACAGCAGUGACAGUAGCGAUAGCAGUGACAGUAGCGACAGCAGUGACAGUAGCGAUAGCAGUGACAGUAGUGACAGCAGCGACAGUAGUGAUAGCAGCGACAGUAGCGAUAGCAGUGACAGUAGUGAUAGCAGCGACAGCAGUGACAGUAGCGAUAGCAGCAACAGUAGCGAUAGCAGCGACAGUAGCGAUAGCAGCGACAGCAGUGACAGUAGUGACAGCAGUGACAGUAGUGACAGCAGUGACAGUAGCGAUAGUGACAGUAGCGAUAGCAGUGACAGCAGUGAUAGCAGCGACAGCAGUGACAGUAGCGAUAGCAGUGACAGCAGCGAUAGCAGUGACAGCAGUGACAGCAGCGACAGCAGUGACAGUAGUGAUAGCAGUGACAGCAGCGAUAGCAGUGAUAGCAGCGACAGCACAUCUGACAGCAGUGAUGAGAAUAACAGCCAGAGCAAAUCUGGUAAUGGCAACAACAAUGGAAGUGACAAUGACAGUAGUGACAGUGAAGGCAGUGACAGUAACCACUCAACUAGUGAUGAUUAGAACAAAAGAAAAACCCACAAGAUUCCUUUUGUAAAAGUUUGGUAAUGGAUAGGAAAAAAGAUUUCCAAGAAAGUAAAGAAAUCGGAGAAAUAAACAGGAGAUGUAUGUAAACAUCCACAAAAACAACUACGGGAAUCAAGUCAAACAGUUGGAAUCAGAACCAAGGCCUAACUUCUGCAGAGAGAGACUCUGAAUGCAUGACCUUUGGUACAUGCCUGUUAAUAUUCAUGUUCUGAAAAUAUUUUGUUAAAAGUGUAAAUCUAAACAUAAAAGAACAAUUAAAAUAUUCUUUAAUACUUCACACAGAAACCUCAAGUAAUCACUACAUGAUAACUUCAAUUUAAGUGCUGUGUGCUUCAGAGAAUGUAGUAGGUGAACACAUCUUAAAAGCAACCUGUGGCAUUGCCUUAGGUCUCCAUAGUUAUGUAUUGUGGAGAGGUGGUCUGCUUACUGCUGAGUAAAAGAUGCUGUUCUGUGAUAGCCAACUUGGCUUCAGAUUUAGUUGCUUGUUCUAUGGAAGAAAUACAUUUGUUACAUGAAGAAUAUUGCAGCUACUAUUCAACCUAUCUGGGCCAUGGGAAUGAUCUUUCUAACAAUCAAAUAGAGUAGUUAUAAAUCACAGAAAUUUUAAAGAGUGCUAGUCAGAAAAGAGCUCAGAGAUGAAUUGGUGUAUAAAAUCUGAUC